UCUAGACGUUCGCUGAGGUUGACGGCCCACCAGGUGCUCUCUCUCUCUCGUUCUCGUUUCGAUGAAUUGUCGUUGCUCUUGAGGGCACUCGUGACAACGCAGGAUGACAGCGAGGCGUGGAGAGUGAUCGCCUUUAAGAUCCUCUGCUUUCUCUUCGCUGUCAUCCUGGCAUGACCCUGUGUCUUGCCUGUUGCUCGCACUCUUGUCGUGUGCAUUGCCGUCGUAGUAAAAUCCCGAACGUGGGCGAGUGAUCCGGGUUCACUCGGUUUCGGCCCUUCAUGUGGUCGUGCCGCGUAAGUCGGCGCUUCUUGAUCGUUUCUUCUUCGUGACCAGGGUUUUGGCGCCGGAAGUUUCUUUGGAGGAUCGCGAGAGAUAAUGUCUGGUCCGACCUACCCUUUCGGGAAUCCGACUGGCCGUGCCUCCCGGCGAGGAUCAGCAUCCGGGCGUGCUAAUAAUGCAAAUAACAGUUCCUUUAUGUUUGGGGGAACUUCAAGAGGAGUCUCCGAAGGUGUUUCGGUCUUCUCCUUUGGACCUCUCCCUGGUGCUUCUUCAGCGUCAGCUUUUGGUGGAUUUGCAUAUGGUGCAAGGGCAGCUGCUCCCAUCUUUGGGUCUGAAGGCGCAUUUGGGGCUUCCGGUAAUCCAGCUUUUGGGGGUUUUUGUAGCCCACCAUUUGGCUUUAUAUCUUCUACAGCUUCUAAGCCAGCAGAAACCACAUUUAGCAGCAAUCAGUUUGGAGCUCAUAUCGGGUCUCAGGUAGCUACACCAUUAUUAGGCAGUGCUGAUUUUGGAAAGUCCUCUUUUAGAGGUCGGUGGCUUAGCGGAAGUCGUGUAGCUCCCUUCACUCCGGCGACUGAGGCAGACACUGGAGUGGCAUUGCCAUCUGGCGAGCUCCAGUCAAUUUGCUGUACGACUCUCCACCCCUACAGAGAAAAAAGCCACGAGGAACUUAGAUGGGAGGACUACCAGUUGGGGGACAAAGGUGGACCAAAUCACGCCGGUCAGUCUGGUGUUGGCCAAGCUACUGCUCUCUGUGGCCAAUCUGCCACCCCCGCUUUUGGUCAAAUGCGCACAUUUAAUACAGCUUCCAGUGGCUAUGGUGGAAGCUUAUUCCCAAAUACUGCAUCGCCCUUUUUUUCUACUAAUGCAGCCGCAACCAGGCAGACAAAUCCCUCUUUUCCUUCGCCUUUUCAAACAGCUGGAGUUGCUGAGACUUCUGGGAAGCUGACUGGUAGCGCCUUUGGGUCACAAUCAAUAUUCGGGCUGCGUAACACUGCAAAUGACAAUCCUUUUGUGGCCAAUUCUUCUGGUUGUUCUCUUUUUGGCGGUAACCCUUUUAGCUCACCAACAGGUGGCUCUGUAUCAUUUGGGGGAACUUCAACCGGAGUUUUCAGGAGUGGUUUAACUCAAACUCCUCCGCUCUUCUCUUCAGAAGCUACUCAAACUCCUUCACUCUUCUCUUCCAAAGCUGCCUUCCGUGCUGCAGAUGGCAUUCCCAAAGAUGGUCCUUUGGAGGAGCAAACUGAUUUUGUCGAGGUCUGCCAGAAAAUUAAGGGAGUUCAUCUUGAUUCGUCUCUUCAGAAUGAUGAGGAACAUGUGAUUAAUAAAGGAACUGGUGAGUCUGCAGUUGAGCAUGAUUGUGAUGCUGGCAUCGAGGCACUUAUGCCGAAGCUCUCUCAGCCUGACUACUAUACCAAACCGGAUGUCAAAGAAUUAGCAGCCAAGGAAAGAGCUGAACCAGGAUUUUGCUGUCGAGUCAAAGAUUUUGUCAUUGGACGACUUGGUUAUGGUCACAUUAAAUUUGCAGGGGAGACUGAUGUAAGAAGGCUUGAUCUCGAGUCCCUCAUUCGCUUCAACAAUAGUGAAGUGAUUGUAUACACAGACGAGAGGAAGAAACCGCCUAUAGGGCAAGGGCUCAACAAGCCAGCUGAGGUGACUCUUCUUAACGUAAAAUGCAUUGAUAAGAAGACUGGAAAGCAGUACAUCGAGGGGCCUAUAGUUGAGAAGUACAAGGAGAUGCUCAAGAAGAGCGCUGAGGAACAAGGCACUGAGUUUGUGUCCUAUGACCCCAUCAAAGGAGAGUGGAAGUUCAAGGUUCGCCAUUUCAAUUGAUAUGAUCCGACAGGGAGAAACAAGACUAGAAUUCUUUUGAUGCCGUUAUUUUUUCACUAAAGGUGGAAGGUACAAUAGGGGUCCAGAAGGAAAACCUUUAGGUUUCACUCGAUGGGUUCUUGUCUUUUGCAGUUAGGACCAUGCACAUAGAGCUGCUAGAGAAUAAGUCUUACAGGAACUGUUUAGACAUCUCUUUUUCAUUUCUUUUUCCAGUUUCUUUUGUUGGUCCAAGAUACGUAUUACCAUGUGUGGUAAUAUAUCGAUGAGAACGAGUGUUUGCAAGUAUUUGGUUUCUUCUGUUUUAAGCUCUCUUGAAUGGAUUUUGUUUCAUUGCCAAUGUAUGUCGUACUGAAUUUUUCAAUCAAUGUCCAUGUGAUGGACAGCAAUUGUGCAGCAA